GGGCGCCGGCCUCCCUAAACUCCGUCCGCACCCCGCACGCUCCUAGCUGCGUGACGUUCCUGUGCGACUGGAGAAGGUUACGCGGACCGACACGAACUUUAGCACUCAUGGGACAGGGUCCGCGCUCCUUCCACAAGGCUGGGCGCCGGUUUCCAUCUGGUGGCAAAAGGGGUCGCGGGGCCAAGGGGUCGGAGCGCCCCCCACCGGGACGCCGGCGGCCUCCCGAUGGGAGCUCGGAGCCAGCCUUAGAUGCGCACCCUCACCUCAGCACCGAAGCUCUGGGGUAUUUCCGUCAGGCGCUGUCUGCCCUGAAAGAGUCUCCUGAGACCGGAGAAGAACGAGAACUGAUGGUGCACAAUGUUUUGAAGGAAGUGGAGGCUCAGGCCCUAGCCUUGGCCACAAACAGGACUGGCAGUGAGAUUAUGCAGGAACUGCUGGGAUUCAGUCCUCUGAAACCGCUGUGUCGAGUCUGGGCUACUUUGCGCUCCAACUUCCGCUUUGUGGCCUGUCAUCGAUGCGGGGUGCAUGUAUUGCAAAGUGCUUUGCUGCAGCUGCCUCGAUUGCUGGGGAGCCCUGCAGAGAAGGAGGAGGAGGAUGUGGAGGAGGAAGAGGAUGGCGAGGAUGGCAAGGAUGGCCCCGUGGAGACCCUGGAGGAGCUGGUUUUGGGACUAGCCUCCGAGGUGUGUGAUGAUUUUCUUUUCUACUGUGGAGACACACAUGGCAGCUUCGUGGUCAGAACUCUGCUGCAGGUAUUGGGAGGGACUCUUCUGGAGUCUGAGAGAGCCAGGCACCAAGGCUCUCAGUCACCUGAAGUGCAAAGGGCCCCAGCUCGGGAAGGUAGGCCAACUGAUUUUGAGGUCCCUGAAACCUUCUUGAAUCGCCUUCAGGACCUGAGCUCCUGCUUUCUGAAGGACAUUGCUGUAUUUAUCACUGACAAGAUCUCCAGCUUUUGCCUUCAAGUGGCCUUACAAAUCUUACAUCGCAAGCUGCCCCAGUUCUGUGCUCAGCUCUGCAGUGCUGUGAUUGGCUAUCUGAGUAGCCGCAAUCCCUCAGCUGACGGCAGUCCCCUACUGCUAUUUCUGCGGGAUCAGACGAGCUCCAGACUCCUGGAGCAGGUGCUGCUGGUGUUGGAGCCCCUGAGGCUCAAGAGCCUCUUUGAGGAUCACUUCCAAGGGCAGUUGCAGACCCUGGCUGCACACCCUAUUGCCAACUUCCCUUUGCAGCGUUUCCUGGAUGCUGUUACUACCCCUGAGCUGCUGUCCCCCGUGUUUGAGGAGCUCAGCCCUGCCCUGGAAGCUGUGCUGGCUCAAGGUCACCCAGGGGUGGUCAUUGCCCUGGUGGGGGCCUGCCGCAGAGUUGGGGCCCACCAAGCCAGGGUCCUGCAGCUGUUGUUGGAGGCAUUCCACUGUGCGGAGCCCUCUUCCCGGCAAGCGGCCUGUGUGCCUCUGUUUGCCACUUUGACGGCUUAUGAGGUGUACUAUGGACUGGUGGAGGAGGAAGGGGCAGUGCCCACAGAGCACCAGGUGGAAAUGGCCAUGGCCAAGGCCCUAGGGGAAGUGACAGUCCUUGGGUCUCUACUGCUCCAGCAUCUGCUGCACUUCUCUAGCCCUGGUAUCAUACUUCGAAGUCUGGGCGCCUUGACGGGACCACAACUUCUGACUCUCGCCCAGAGCCCUGCUGGCUCCCACGUGCUUGAUGCCGUCCUCACCAGCCCCUCCGUGAUGCGCAAGCAGCGCCGCCGUGUGCUGAAGACCCUAAAGGGACAAUACGUGGCUCUGGCCUGUAGUCGCCAUGGCAGUCGAGUGCUAGAUGCCAUCUGGAGUGGAGCAGCCUUGGGGGCCCGGAAGGAAAUUGCUGCUGAGCUGGGAGAGCGGAACCAGGAGCUGAUAAGAGACCCAUUUGGCCACCAUGUGGCUCGAAACGUGGCCUUGACUACUUUCCUCAAGCGCCGAGAGGCUUGGGAACAGCAGCAGGGGGCAGUGGCCAAGCGGAGAAGGGCUUUGAACUCAAUACUUGAAGACUGAGGCGUUUGGACCUGGAACUGACUGGGUGUGGAUGAGGAGGGGUAAAGAGUGUCUCUGUCCUAUCCCCUUCUUAGUUUAAGUUGGAAUCAAAAGUCUUAUAAACAAACAUUUUUAUAUUUUUAUUGGAAAUGUUUUUGUUGUUUUAGGGGAAAGGAUAUAAAGAAAUAGAGACCUUAAGGUGAAGUCAGAGAGGGCUGAAUUCAGUGCACUGGGAACCUUAGGGACGGGGAGUUGCAAGGAAUCUAGAUGUAGAUCAGGGGAGGGUGUCAAGAUACUUGUGGCCUUUCUGGGUAAGUGGGAUGCUGGAAAGAUGGCUAGGAAGGGACAGCAUUCUUCAGGAAAGGGUAUAGGCUAGGGGUGUAAGGCAUUAUGCUGAUGGGGCCUGUCACAACGGGGUCAGAAGGCAUUGGGGAAAUCAGGUGGGUUAUCUAACCUGCACUGUCUUCAGAUCUCCAAAGCUGAUGCUGCCACAGUCCUCACAGUGUCUCUUGGAAUGAGUCUAAGGGCAGAAAGCAGCUUGGAGCCCCUUCUCAGUAGGGAUGGAGGCGACCCUGCCGCUGCCAAUGCAAUUGCUCGGCCCCUUCUAUUAAAUGGCGGAGGCUGGACGAAAUUCCCAGUAACAUAUGGCCCAGCCCUUGCAGUAGUGCAGAGAUCCAACGGAGGAGCUCCCUGAAGGGCAGAGACAAGAUGAAGUCGGAUGGGUGGGGGAACGUGGGAGAAGGCUAUAAGAGGGGGUUUUCCCCAAGGGAGAGAUUAUGGGUAGGUGAGUACUGGAGAAGGAAUUUGGGGUGCUGCAACUGGAGGGGGAUGGGGAAAUAUGGCAUGUUGGUCUCUGACCUGAGUACUUUCUUUGGGCCGAGUCCUUGAAAGUCGCAACUCAUGGAGUAGAGCCCGUAGAAUGUGGCUUUGAUAUUGAGGCUGCCAAAGAGGUCUCGAGGGUUUUGCUUGUAUACAUCGAAGGUGAUACGGGCAAUGUCCUUGCUGUGCUUGGGCUUCUCCCGGCCCAGGCCAUAUGACAGCAUCCCACUCUGUAGGGAACCCUCAUCAGUGCAAUGCACCCUCACACACUGACACCCACAGUGUGCACUGGGUCACACAGUCCCCCACCAGCACUGGGUCAGGCCCACCCUUGCUUGGACUGUUUGCCCCCUGUAUGGUGUCCUUGGCAACUCCUCACCUCUCCCAGUGCCUCUGGCCCCAAGAUCAUGGCUAGGCUAGAGGAGUUGGGAGAGAUAUAAAGGACUGGUGGCCUACAGCAGCCCCACUAUGGGCCUCUCACCCUGCUGGGGGUCCAGCUCUGCCCGCGCUCCAACACCAUCAGGCACGUGUCAUCCUCCAGAAGCUGGAAGAAGUCCUCACUCUCCACGGCGGUCCCAUCCUCUUCCAGCACCAGUGUUAGCAUCCCAUUCAGCAGCAGGGCCUCCAGUGCCUGUCCGGCCACAGGAAGCAGGAGGGAAGGGGCAGAGCUUAUCCAUGCCCCUCCCUCUCCAGCUGCCCUACAUCCACCAGUUAACUCUGGAUGUUGGUUGACACCCCAACUCUACUUCCUGAGAAACUGCCAUUCUUCAAAUGGCUCCAGCUCCUGGUGCUCAGUUGCCAGGGGACCCUCACUAAAUAAAGGCUGACUUUUUUAACCUA